AUGGACCGCAGCUACGAAAAGGCUUCAAAUGGACUGCUUGCCUUGUAUCAGUACAAGGAGUCCGAUAAACACUUCACAUACGUUCUAAUGACGUUCUCAGAUCUGUCUAUUCCUGUCAUGGAUGGCCUCGAUUCUACAAGCAACAUUCGAUUGUUUGAAAAGGAGAAGGGAAUACUGGCAUCUUGCAUUAUGGCUGUCACUGGCAUCGCUUCUGCUGGGGUUAGAUGA